AUACCCAUUCAUAAAAAGAGUCAGCACUUGUUUGCCUUUGAAUGGGAAAAUCCGACAACAGGAAGGAAACAACAAUAUACUUGGACACGCCUCCCACAGGGGUUUAAAAAUUCGCCAACGCACUUCAGCGCAGCGUUAGCGACGGACUUGGAAAUUCUAGAUUUGCCCGCUCCUGAUGUUGUGUUACAAUAUGUGGAUGAUCUUUUGGUGACAGGACAAACAGAAGAGGUUUGUCAUACCAAUACUGCAUCCCUUCUACUUCUGUUACAAGAAAAAGGCUAUAAAGCUUCUAGGGCCAAAGCACAAUUGGUCCAGUUGAAUGUUAGGUAUUUGGGAUAUGAUAUCCAGCAAGGGCAAAGAACUUUGGGACAUGAAAGAAAGGAAGCCAUUUGUCAAUUACCAGCCCCAAGAAAUAGGAAGGAAUUAAGAGGCUUUUUAGGGGCAGCGGGAUUUUGCCGCAUUUGGAUUCCUAACUUCGCCUUGUUAGCAAAGCCACUUUAUGAAGCUACAAAAGGAAAUGAAAAGGAACCUUUGCGAUGGGAAAAAGAGGAACAGAAAAGUUUUUUAAACUUGAAACAUGCUUUGACUCAAGCCCCGAGUCUGGGACUGCCUAAUUUAGAUAAACCUUUUCAUUUAUUUGUGGACACUAAACAGAAUAUGGCUGUGGGGGUGUUAACUCAGAAGAUGGGAACGUGGUAUCGACCAGUUGCAUAUUUGUCAAAACAAUUGGAUCAGGUAGCAAAAGGGUGGCCCUCUUGUCUUAAGGCUGUAGCAGGCACAGCUUUACUUACUCAGGAAGCGAAUAAACUUACUUUUGGACAGCAGUUGAAUAUCUACACCCCACAUGCUCUUCGGGCUGUUCUGGAUCAGAAAGGCCAUUUAUGGCUUACCAAUCCACGUAUGUUGAAGUAUCAGGGGCUUAUUACCCAUAACCCCCUCAUAAAACUUGUUCAGUCAUAUGCUUUGAAUCCUGCCACUCUAUUACCUGAACCAGACUCUGAGAUCUCUCAUGAUUGUCUGCAAACUAUUGAAGAAACCUAUGCAAGUCGUCCAGAUUUGAAGGAUGAACCCUUUUCCGACCCAGAUGCAACUCUUUUUACUGAUGGAACCAGUUUUAUCCAUGAAGGUGUAAGAAAAGCAGCUUAUGCAAUAGUUACUCUUGAGGAUGUAUGGGAAGCUAAGCCCUUGCCUGCAGGAACUAGUGCUCAGUUGGCAGAAUUGCAUGCACUCACUAGGGCAUUGGAAUUAGCAAAAGGCCUACGUGUCAACAUUUACACAGAUUCAAAGUAUGCCUUUCUUACAGUUCAAGUGCAUGGAGCUUUGUACAAAGAAAGAGGUCUUAUCACAGCAGGAGGAAAAGACAUUAAAUAUGGACCCCAAAUUUUGCGUCUAUUGGACAGUGUGUGGUUCCCCAAACAAGUUGCCAUUAUGCAUGUACGAGGUCAUCAGAAGGGGAUUUCAACAGCUGAAAGAGGAAACCACAAGGCUGACCAGGUGGCAAGAGCAGCAGCUUUGGAUCCAUUCUCCCUGCAAGCUAACUGUCUUACUUUGUGGAUCCCGAACCAGAAAGAUGAACCCCCCUCAUAUAGCCACUCAGAAGUCCAGCAGGCUGAAGCUAUAGGGGCAACACUGGUGAAUGGGUGGUGGACUCUGCCGGACAAUAGGGUGUUUGUACCUCAGCAGUUAGCAUGGGAGGUUGUUUCUUCCUUGCAUAGGCAUUUACAUCUAGGGAAGACAGUUUUGAGAAAGGCUUUGACAAGGGAAGUCUAUAUUGACAAUUUGUCUAGUCUAGCAGCUGCUGUUUGUUCUCGAUGUCAGGUGUGUGCUGCUAAUAACCCACGUCAGGGCCCGAGUCUUCCCCCUGGGCACCAACCUAGGGGGGCUUAUCCUUUUGAUUAUUUAAUGAUUGACUUUACAGACAUGCCAAAAGUGGGAUCGUACACUGCUAUGUUAGUUGUUGUUUGUACAUACACGGGGUGGCCUGAAUGUGUUCCCACUAGAACGAAAAAAGCUUUGGAGGUAACCCGAACUCUAUUAAAUGUAGUUAUUCCACGAUAUGGGUUGCCCUCACGUAUCUCUUCAGAUAAUGGGCCUGAGUUCAUUCAUGCAGCCACUCAGAAGGUUGCCCAGGUAUUAGGGAUUACCUGGAAGUUACACUGUUCUUUCCAUGCCCAAUCGGCGGGCGUCGUUGAAAGGGCCAAUAGAACUAUAAAGAAUAAAUUGGCUAAAAUUUGUCAAGAAACUCAUCUCAAAUGGCCAGAUGCCCUCAGCAUGGCAUUGCUAGCCGUGAGGUGCGCACCCACAGGGGAGUUGGGUAUCUCACCAUAUGAGUUAAUGUAUGGAAGGGUUCCUAAUUUGGUUAGUCCACAGGUAUUGCCUACUACUCAAGUGGCAGACACAGUGAAAAUCAGACAGUUGCAAGCUUUGAAUACUGUUGUCCAUCAAUUACAAAAUAUGUGCUGUCAUGUCGUCCUCAUGUGA